CUGUCUAUGAGGAAGAGCCGUGUAUGUCUGUGUUGAGAUUUAUGUAAUUCAUCCAGUAAACUGUUGCUUUUCUUACAUAAUAUUUACGAAUAUUUCAGGGGUUCAUACGCCUUUUUAACUAACGAGGAUCUUGUACCAUCGAUUUCAGCAGCAACUUUGGCUUAAAUCAGUCUGUAAACUCUUCAGGCUAACGGAAUCCGUCAGCAUUUGGAGGCUAACUUUAGCUAUCAACUUCAUCAACAGAAGACCACCUGGAAUGCCGAUCAUCAACUGGCUAAGAUGACAGACCAGGAGCCGCUGCCCACAGGACCCGCUCACAGUAAAAAGAGACUCCAUGAUUCUUGAUCAGUGACGCGUGACGUCACUGACGUGUCCUGAGUGAGUGACUGACUCGGGUGUCUGAAGAGCAGUGCAGUGAGGAUGAUCGGGCUGGACCGAGACCGGCCGCUGAUCCGGCUGCAGUUCACCCACUUUGCGGUGGGCACGGUCUGCCUGCCCCUCUGCGGCCUGCUGGCGUGCGUGGUCGCCUCCAUGUACUCGCACUUCAGCGAGGCCACCUACACACACUGCCAGGUGCCCAACUACCUGCCCUCCAUCAGCGCCGCCAUCAGCCUGACGCCGGAGCGCUACAUCUGGCGCUUCUGCGUGGGGCUGCACUCGGCGCCGCGCUUCCUGAUAGCGUUCGCCUACUUCUCCUUCUACCGGGGCCACUUCGGAGGCCGGCCGGUGGAGCAGCUGCUCAGCGGCCUGACGCUGCUGGCCUCGCUGGUGGAGAACUCGGGCCUGCUGCUGCUCACCUACGUGGCCUCCACCGAGACCUACGACCUCCACAAGUACGGCUUCAUCACCUUCAUCGCCAGCUCCCUCGUGCACAUGCUCCUCACGUGCCGCCUGUGGCAGGUCAUCACGCGCUACUCGGGCGUGGAGGAGAGGAAGUCCUACCGCUGGAAGGUGCGCCUCUUCCUCUUCAACAUCGCCUUCUGCCUGUGCGCCGGCUACUUCUUCCGUCGUCACAACAAGUUCUGCGAGACGGGCGUCUACACGCUGUUUGCCUUCUGCGAGUACCUGGUGGUGCUGUCCAACAUGGCCUUCCACAUGACCACCUACUGGGACUUUGGCAACAAGGAGGUGAUGGUGGCCGUGCCCCCUGAGGGGAAGCGCUUCUGAUUGGCUCAGCCACCGGAGGGAAAGUGGUUAUGAUUGGCUGAGCGACCUGAGGGAAAGCUUCUCUGAUUGGGCAAUCGGCAAAGUGCUGAAUCUGAUUGGCUAAAGACUAGGGCAUGGCCAUGCCACAUGAGGGAGAGUGCUUUUGAUUGGCUGAGCCACCUGAGGGAAACCACUUCUUAUUGAGUCACUAUUACCAUGCCACCCAAGGGAAACGGCCUCCGAUGGGGUAAUGUUGGCCAUGUCCCAUGAGAAAAAAGUGCUGAAAAUUGGCUGAAAUGUAGGGCAUAUCCCGUGAGGGAGAGUACUUCUGAUUGGCACAAGAUGAGGUCCCUGUUUGCCUGCUUACUUUGUAGUGCACCAUGCAGUGUGCCUGUCACAUCGGCUCAGUCAGUCACUACAUCUCAUAGGGAACAAGGGACCAUCUUGGACUCAGUCCAGAUACUGUAAGCAAAAUUGGGACAUCAAAAGCUAAAUUGUGGCUCUCUGAGUUGCCCAUUCUGAGGAUCUACAUCAGAACUAUGUCAUAGUAUACUCUGAGAUACGCUCCAUUUGUGCCAUGUGGAAAUAGGCAAAUGUUAAUGCUGUGGUCAAGUCGUUUCACCAUGAAGUGUGUUUUGUGCCAAGUGCCAUGCUAGCUAUAUACAUAGGCCUAUAUAUUUAAAUUGCAUUUGUAAAUUGUGUAUACGAUGAAAAGUGAUCAUAACUUCAUUGGAAUAGAAGUGGUAAGUUAUCAUGCAAUUUGACACUGUCAUAUCUGUAAUGUCAUAUUCUGUUUUGAGUAGGACUGAAUGUUAAUAAGCACACAAAAACACUGACUUGGGAACAACAGAGGACGAUGAUGAUGAUGAUGAUGAUGAUGGUGACAACAAUGAUGAAUAUGAGACCUUGUUUACUGUAAACCUGUUUGGAACCAAAGGAUGAUGUUUUAUACACUCUAUGAAAAGACUUAGUAUUCAUGAUGCCAUUUAGCACAUUUUUUUUUAAAAAUCUAGAUGAUCUUUUUGAUUUUACUAUAUGGACCUGCAUAUAUAGUAUCUGUUUUUGUGCUUGUGUCACUCAGGUAAAUGACAUUUUCAAAAUCCGUAUUUUGUAGAAUGUUUCUACUUUUGUGUUUUUUUUUUCUUCUCCAAUGAAAAGGCAGAUUUGAUGACUGAUUUAGAAUUCAAUAAAUGUCAAGUAAAUGUU